GUGCACAUAAACAAGUGGAUCAGAGCAGCAGCAGGUUGACAUCAACAAUUCAACAUCCCACGCGUACAGCAAAAAAAAAAGAUGGCGACUGUAGGCCGAUCGAUUUUCCGAUUGCGUCACUACGACUGCGUCGGUUUUGACAUGGACCAUACCUUAUGUCGUUACAGACUCGGAGCAGUUUUCGAAAUGGAAUAUCAAGCUUUGGCAAAGUAUUUGAUCGAGCAAAAAGGAUACGACGUUCGUCUUCGGAGACCUCUGGCGGAAGAUGUUGACUUCUUGCACAAAGGUCUCGUCAUGGAUGUUGAAUUGGGCAACUUUGUCAAGUUGUCAGCCAAGGGCCAAGUCCUACGAGCGAGUCAUGGGACAAAGCCAAUGACAACCGCCGAAAUAACUAGCCAGUAUGGUCCGCUCCGUUCCAAUGAAUUUCUUAGGCAAAUGGCAGCUGAUCCUAUCGAAGCUACUGAAGGACCACUUCAUCGAAAAUAUCGGCCAUUCAAAGAUUACUUCGAUCUACCAGCGGCCCUCAUGUGUGCCCGCAUCGUAGACCUGCUCGACUACACAAAUGGUAAUAAACCUCUAGAAAAGUACACCUUCUGGCGCGACGUCCUCUGUGGGCUGGUGGAAAUGUUUAGCAGGGAUAAUUUGAAGUUGAACAUUGGAGGUUAUUACCCUAAAAUCAAACGCCAUCCGGAAUUGUAUUUGCAGCCGUGCGGAGAACGACUCAAAAAAUGGCUGACAGAGUUGAAGAAAGAAAAGGUCACUUUUCUCAUCAGUGGUUCUGAUCCGGAGUAUGUCCAGUGGGUAGCCAGUUAUUGCCUAGGAACUGACUGGCGUAAUUAUUUCGAUUACAUCGUUUGCGCUAGCAAGAAACCUGGAUUCUUCAGCGGAGAAAGACCGUUCCAGCGAUGGAAUUACACGAAUUCAUCAGGUGUUGAAGACGAAGAAAUGCAACUGGACGAAGUAUUACCAGCCAAUUCAAAGACGAUUUACCUGCGAGGCAACUGGACUCAAUUGAAAUCUUCCAUGUCUUGGUGCUGUGGUGUAGAUCAUCCGAAAUUCCUCUUCUUUGGCGACCAUCUCAUACAGGACGUCCUGGCCGCUGAUGUUAGUCGCUUGGAUGUUGUGGCAAUGGUGGAGGAACUAGCGGCAGAAAGCCAUCCGCAAAAGGGUCCACCAAUCGAUGGACUGGCCUCUUACAAAAGGUGGGGCUCAUUCUUCUACGAUGGAGGUUUCACCGAAAUCAAUAAUAGGCAGACGACUGUGGAUCCUUUCGAAAAAAUGAACACACUCUGGAGCAAUUUGGUCAGAAAACAUGCACGGCUCUGCGUAGCUUACAUAGAAACAAUCUCUGAUUACCCUUCAAACCACGAAUUUGUCACCAUUCAAAAUGGGCAGAACUCGGAUAAAUUCCUGGGAUUUCUUCCCAGUCUUCCAACUUGUUUAUUAUAACAUAUUGUUGUACGUAAUGUUUGUGUCGGAGUACCUGUCUGCCGUGCGUGUGAAUCAAUUCCUGUAGCGCAAUCGAAUGGAACGUGAAUACAAACUCUUUUUUGAGCGUU